UUAUUGAGACUUGGUAACUACAUUGUUGCAGCCAUUUCUAAAAGUUAAUGCGGCCAAACAUGAGAUAAAACUGUUCGGUCACAAAUAUCAAAUGGCGGCGUCAACAAGUUAUUUCCAGUCACGCUGCAGUUAAAGAGCCUUGAAGGAACUUUCCUCCGGUCCGACACUUGUUAACUCGAAGGUCCAAAGGUCGCCGUGGAUAAUAGCUGGAGUUCGGAGUCCCGCUCAGUCGCAUCGGUCCACCUCACCGGCAGCACUCCGCCUCGUCCUCCGGGUCCAAAGCAGCCGUUGUUAAACCAACAAACAUGGAAAACGGUUAUGAAAUUGUCAGCGAUGAAGUUGUUUAUGAAGUGUCACGUGAGGGAUCUGACAGCCCAGAGCACAGGUACGAGGAGGUGGCGGUGGAGGAGCGGGUCUACACUGAGGUGGUGCAGAUCCACGCCUCCGAAGGCGACUACGUGAACAUCCAGGAGCACCACAGCUCCUCGUCCUCGUCGUCCAGCAGCGACGAUGAAGACUCCCGGCUGGAGGAGGUGGCGAAGAUCCGAGAGGAGGUGAUUGCUGAGGAGCUGAGGGCGGAAGAGGCGACGGUGGAGUCCAGACGCUCCUCGACCUCCUCGGCGUCCUCGACCCCCAGUGACCAUCCUCCGAUUGAGGUCAGCACCCUGGACCACCACGUGGAGGAAACUAUCGUGAUCAGACGGGAAGAAAAAGUGGACUACGUCCUGAAAAACAUCUCGCUGGAGGACAGGAAAGUGGCACCUAUUGAUCCUCACCAACCUGCAGUGUCCCUCUUCGUCAAGGCCGGCAGCGACGGCGAAAUCAUCGGGAACUGUCCCUUCUCUCAGCGCCUCUUCAUGAUCCUGUGGCUCAAAGGAGUCGUAUUCAAUGUCACCACUGUGGACCUGAGGAGAAAGCCGGCCGAUCUGCACAACCUGGCUCCGGGGACCCACCCGCCCUUCAUCACCUACAACGGGGAGGUCAAGACCGACAUCAACAAGAUCGAGGAGUUCCUCGAGGACAUGCUUUCCCCUCCAAAGUACCCCAGACUGGCGGCCAGGCACAGAGAGUCCAACACAGCUGGAAACGAUAUCUUCGCCAAGUUCUCAGCCUACAUUAAGAACACCAGACCGGAGGCCAACGCUGUUCUGGAGAGGGGUCUGACCCGGACCCUGCAGAAGCUGGACGACUACCUGAACAGUCCUCUACCGGAAGAGAUCGACGCCAACAGUCGUGAGGAGGAGAAGUUCUCUAACCGGCGCUUCCUGGAUGGGAACGAGUUGACUCUGGCUGACUGCAACCUGCUGCCCAAGCUGCACAUUGUCAAGGUUGUGACCAAAAAGUACCGUAACUACAACAUUCCUUCGGACCUGACGGGCGUGUGGCGGUACCUGAAGAACGCUUACGCUCGGGAUGAGUUCACCAACACCUGCGCCAUCGACUCGGAGAUCGAAAUCGCCUACAAAGACGUGGCGCGGAAACUGGUCCAUUAACCACCGCGUCUCCACCUUCUUCCGAGUGUGCGCCGAGCUUAUUUCCAUGGUGACCCACUCGGAUACUGCUUUUCUGUUAUUACAUCUCCAGAUGGCAUUUGAUAUCGACCGCCGCAUGGAUUUGUAAUCACGGAAUCAGACGCAGCGAAAGUUUCACGGUUUCAAAUGUAGCUGUCCGACAUUUCCCAGUGAAACAUGAUUGUGUCUGUAUUUAUUUCUCAUUCCGCAACGAUUCUUUUGUCGUCCCCCAGCCGACGCGGCCAGACUUAUAAGUAGCUGCUGAUGUCAGGAUCGUUCGCUUUAUUUAUUCCCGAAGCCACAGGAGUCUGUAACUGACUGUUUAUGAUCCGGCUCUGGCUCCACAGCAGACACCCGUGAUUGAUUCAAACGGCUUUUUGAAUAGUUUGCAGUACACUGAUUCGCCAUGAUAGUCGAUGCCGCAGAUUCUUCUGAUGCAGAAAUCGGUCGCCGCUUGUUGAAGGUGAACAUGAGCUCGGGAAUGACGUGCAUGACUGACCUCUUACUGUGAUAUUAAAACCCUUGAACAAUC